AAACGGUUACAAUUCCCCGGAGCGGAGGCGGCGAAGGAGGAGCGGCGGCCGCCGGAGAGGACUUUACAGCCCCUGCUGUUUCAUCGCCUCGGGGUGGGACUACAUCCACGUUUGUUUAUUUAUUUAUUCGGGGCGGAGGGCGUCGCAUAUUCCCCACCCACCCACCCUCCCUGAGCGCCCGCGCCGACCGGGAGCCAUGGAGUUUAAGGUGGAGGCGCACCGCAUCAUGACCAUCUCGCUGGGCAAGAUCUACUCGUCCCGGGUGCAGAGGGGCGGCAUCAAGCUGCACAAGAACCUGCUGGUGUCCCUGGUGCUGAGGAGCGCCCGUGAGGUCUACCUGAGCGAGCAGGAGGAGCUCUACCUGCAGCAGCAGCAGCCGCCGCCCGGGGAGCUGCAACCCCCGCAGAGCUGGGCGGCCCGGAGGAGACUCUGCGACUCUGCCGCCCAGGGCCAGCCUGCCUGGGCCGGAGGGUCGAGCGGCGAGGCCGAGCCGCGGCUCCCCGCUUGGACAGACGGCGAGCGGGCCGGGGGCCGGGUGCACGGCCCGGGCUGGGCUGACUCGCCCCAGAGCGAGCCGGCGGAGGGCCGGCCCACAGCGGACAGCAACAACAGCAACCACCACCACCGGGAGUGCCCGUCCCGGACGGUGGGCGAGCCGGCGCCGGGCUGCCCGUGCGCCCGCAAGAGGAGGAGCGCCGAGCCCGGCGCGGCGGAGCCCGCUAGCCCGCUGAAACGGGCCAGGACUGAGCGGGAGCCGGCGGUGCCGCGCCGGGCCGCCUGCAUCGCACUCCAGCAGCAGCAGCAGGAGGAGGAGGAACAACAACAGGAGAUGGAGACCUCCCCGAACGUCUCCAGUCUCAUCACCGUCUUCGGCUCCAGCUUCUCCGGGCUCCUGAGCAAGGAGGGCACCGAGGGGGAGAAUGGCCAGGUCUGCUGCGAUCAAGUACUGGGCACUAUGGGUUCCUGGAACAGGGCGAUUGUCGCCUUCUGAGCAACACUUGGACACCCCCCCCUUCCUGCUGACUCCUGAGACACCAGGACUCUGUGUUCAGUUGGUUCUCCCAUUAUCAUCAAUUUUUUUUUUGGAGGGAAUGGGUUGGGUUUGAAAUCGUCCACCCCUCCCUGCCCCAGUAAGGAGCCUCUCUACUACAACCACGUGGAGAUCAGCCUCUCUCCCUCUCCCACCCGGGGUGAGCAAGUGUAGAGGGCCCGGCGUGUGCUGGGCUUUUUUGCGGAGGGGUUACACUUUUUCCAUUUUGACUGUGCGGGGGAGGUCUCGGUCUUGUUCCCCCCCCCCCCCCUUUUUAAAAGUUUGACUUUCGGUUUAAAGCGUCAGUUUGUUUCUCUCCGCCCGAUUCCUGCUUCGUUGGAAGGCAGCAAGGCUUGUGGAUUGUUUGUAUACAGUUUAAUUUUUAUACGUGUCUCCAAUGCCUUUUUUUAUACAAAACCGAAUGCUGCUGAGGUCGAUACUGAAUCACUUCCCCCCAACCCCAUUCCCGUUGUCUUCCACGGCAAUGAGUUGGGCACGUUUCUGUAAUUAAGAGUUGUCUUUGUUCUAUAAAGACUUUGGAAAAUGUGUUGGAUUCUUCACUGCUUUUCUUUUGCUGUCGUACCGUUUGUUGUUUAUAUGAAUGGUGUAAUUUACACGAAUUAAAGGUUAUUUAACUUAA